CCAUGUUAAGAAUUUCUAAGACUUUAUUAUCUACUCUGACAAAGUUUAAUCAAUUCAGUUAUCAUACAAUAAAUGAUUAAAUUAAACUUACUGACUUCUGUAUUCAGGUACAUUAGAUGAAUAAUGAAGGAAAUUAAAAGAAAACAAGUAACCAAAUUUCCAAAUAAAUUCUUGAGAUUAGGAGUUGAUGGUGCAUGUAAUAUUAAAUUGUAUAUCUUAUAGAAGGAUGUUCAGGAUUUAAAUACUCAUUUAAUUUUGAUGAUUAAAUUUUAGAAGAAGAUUAUGUUCUCAAAAUAUAAAAUGAAAUAAUUUUUGUUGUUGAUGAAAUUACACUCAAAUUUGUUAAUGGAUGUAUUAUUGAUUAUGAAGAUAAAAUGAUCAGAGCUGCAUUUUAUGUAUCUUAGUCAUAUAAUAUAUUUUAGGUCUAAGAAAAUCCAAAUGCAGAAAAAUCAUGUAGUUGUAAAGCAUCAUUUGCUCCAAAACCUGAGUUAUUAUGAC